CUCCCGGCCCCGCGGCUCCGGGAGGAUGUGGAUCCUCGGCAUCGCAGCAACGUUUUGCGGGUUCUUCUUGCUUCAAGGCUUUGCGCUGCAAAUCCAGUGUUACCAGUGUGAGGAAUUCCAGCUGAACAACGACUGCUCGUCCCCGGAGUUCAUCGUGAAUUGCACAGUGAACGUUCAGGACAUGUGUCAGAAAGAAGUGAUGGAGCAGAGUGCAGGGAUCAUGUACCGCAAGUCCUGCGCGUCUUCGGCAGCCUGCCUCAUCGCCUCGGCGGGGUACCAGUCCUUCUGCUCCCCAGGGAAACUGAACUCAGUGUGCAUCAGUUGCUGUAACACCCCUCUGUGCAACGGGCCCCGGCCCAAGAAAAGGAGCAGCUCGGCCUCGGCCCUCCGGCCAGGGCUCCCCGCCACCAUCCUGCUCCUCAAGUCGGCCCUGACCCUGGCGCGCUGCUGAGUGAGCCGCCCGCCCGCCUGCGUUGCCCUGACCCUCGCCCCCCGCUCCGUGAGAUCUCUGGGUGUCCUUUGAUUCUGGGUAGGGAGCCUGCGUUCUGUCUUUUAGUUCCUUUGCAAACAAUGAAAGAGCUCAGUGUAAAACAUUUCCGUAAGCUCUGAAUAAAUUCAGUCCGACUGAA